UCUAAUUCUAAUUUUAAUUCUAAAUACAUUACAAUGACUUCAUAAAAUUCUAAUUGUAAUUCUAAAUUCUUGUUGGUUCCCACCAGUCAGUGGUAAGGCUACAUCGCUCUUUCGCUCUGCACACAAAGGUCAAACCGCCUGCGUGACAACACGGAUUUCAGGGUGAAACUUUUCUACGAGCGUCCUCCGGUUUGCUUGUUGUCCCGAAAAGCUGAAAAUACUCGCGCAGCCCAGCCAGGGACGCUAAAUUGUCGUGGAAAUUAGACAACACUCGUAGACUUGUCCUUUUUACCUCUGAAGAUGAGUAACCGACAGCGAGGAGUUCCUCUCGGCCUGCUCUUGCUGGCGUCUCAGGUGUUCCAGAUCGGCACGGACAACAUCCCUCCUGCUACACUAGUGACGCUCAUCCUCAACGUCUACCUCUUCCUGUUUCCUUUCAAGCCCCUUUUACAGACCUGUGUGAGCGUACAGCAGGCAUACUGGGGUGGAGACUGGCAUCGUCUCCUGUUCUCCCCUUUUCACCACGUCAAUGAUUUGCACCUCUACUUCAACAUGGCCUCCUUCCUCUGGAAAGGCGUGAACCUGGAGCGCAGGCUCGGCACAGCCUGGUUCGCCUACCUCCUGUCCGUCUUCUCCCUGCUUACCGGAUUGGUCUAUCUGCUUCUGGAGGCGGGGCUAACGGAACUCCUGGACGAUUCCUCCUUUAGCAUGCAGUGCGCUGUAGGGUUUUCGGGUGUUCUCUUCGGGCUGAAAGUUGUGAACAAUUAUUAUAACCCGGGCGGGGUCAAAUACAUCAUGGGGUGUCCUGUGGCCAAACGCUACGCCUGCUGGGUGGAGCUAGUCCUCAUACACAUCCUGAACCCAGGGACUUCGUUUGUUGGGCACCUGUCUGGUAUUUUGGUGGGGCUUCUCUACAUUACUGGUCCCCUCAGAACACUUAUGAAAACAUGUGCAGAUUUUGCAAGUGGUCAUGGAAACUACAGCAGGCCUCGCACGUACCAUAACUCUUCAGGUUAUAGUGGAUAUGGAACGCCCUACACACCGACCAGCUCCCCGUACUCCAGGCAGGGUCUCUACAACCUAGCCGAGCCAUCGGCAUUCUCUCAGCACCCUUAUACAGCUGGUCUAACGGAGCAGGAGCAGUACGAGGCAGCCAUCAGGGCCAGCCUGCAAGACCAAGGACGGCAUGCUCACCGCAAACCACUGCCUGGGUUCAGAACCAACUCUGAGCCCAACAUCGAGGAAAUACGUCAUCGCCGACUUCAGAGGUUUGACCCAAAGAUGUAAAAACCUUUUAAAAGCUUUAAACCUUUAAAGAUAAAUUAGGAUCACUACUGAGUCAGUAACAGUAUGUUACAGUGCAAUGUAUUACUAAUGCACCUUUAUGCCAGGUUAUACAUCACUAUCAGUUGCACUUUCAGACUAAUAAGACAUUAUAAUUGAAGAUCCUGUAAAGAUGAUUGUUCUCUAUCCAGAAACCUGGCCUUUAUUCAUCUGCUAUGAAGUUAAUUGGCUUUAAUUCAUCUUGUGUAUAUGCACUCCUAUAAGUCUUAAUCAUUUGCACUAUGAAAUGUAAGAAGAUAUCUCCACUGGCUUGGAUAAGCGGUGUUUUGCUGGCUGUUGUCUUUAUUGAUGAAAGUUUAUUUUUGUAAAUAAAUCCUACAUUUUGGGAUGUACCUUUUAA